AUGGCGUUUCCUUUCCCUCAGGGGUGGGCACGGCCCAAAGUGAAGCUCUACGAGGGAGAUUCCGACCCGCAGGAGCACGUGAACUUCUUCGUAGGCGCGAUGCAGUAUGCUGGGGCUAGCGACCCUUUAUACUGCCGAUGCUUCCCCAUGAGCCUUGGAAAAGGACCCAUGAACUGGUUCCAGAACUUACCGAGCAACUCACUGCACGACUGGAACGGGGUCGCAUCCUGCUUUUUAGCCCAGUACUCCUCGGUACGCAGCAUACCGAAGACCGCACAAACUUUGGCUUUGGUUAAGCAGAAAGAGAAGGAGUCCCUGAAAGCAUUUCUCAAUCGGUUCAACAAGGAAGCCGGGGAUAUCACCGGUCUCCUCCCCGACACCAGGUUGGUCCUGGCCACCGCAGCUCUUGCACCAGGACCGUUCCUGACCUCGCUGGACGGCAAGCCAGCCAACACUCUAGAGGAAUUUCUAGCUCGAGCAGAGAAGUUCAUAAACAUGGAGGAUGCUGCGACCCUGAGAGCCGCGAGUCAAACACUCGCGAUCAAAGGACCGCCGAAGAUGAAGGAGCAUAAGGACCAGCCUGCGACCCGGGAGUCCCGACGGAAGGGUCAAGACGAACGGAAGUCGAAGCGGAAGAAGUAUGAUAGUUAUACCCCGCUGAACUCCUCCCUCUCACGUAUCCUGAGAGAGAGAGCCUCCACCGACCUCAGAGACCGUCCCCCCCCCGCUCCUGACGAGAGGGGACAAGCUGGAUUCCAAAAGAUUCUGUGA